AUGAAGCUCUCCCUGGAUCCUGAGGGUCGGAUCCUUGGGAAUUUCCCGCAUUCCCGCAUUCCCGCAUUCCCGAAUCCCCGCAGGUUGAGCGGCCUCUCCUCGUCCCUGGGCGAGUCCCCCUCGGAGCGGAGCUCCCCCGGCCACCGCCGGCAGCCCCCGGACGCCCCCGAGGCCACAGGGCUGGUGCAGCGCUGCGUCAUCAUCCAGCGGGACCAGCAUGGCUUCGGCUUCACCGUCAGCGGCGACCGCGUGGUGCUCGUGCAGUCCGUGCGGCCCGGGGGCGCUGCCAUGAGGGCCGGCGUGCAGGAGGGCGACCGCAUCCUCAAGGUGAACGGCACGAUGGUGACCAACAGCUCCCACCUGGAGGUGGUGAAGUUGAUCAAGUCCGGUGCCUACGUGGCCCUGACCCUGCUGGGCUCCCCGCCCGGCCCCGUCGGAAUUCCGGGAUCCCGGCAGGAGCCGGAGCCCGCGGGGGGUCCCCAGGGGCCCCCCCAGCGCAUCACGGAGCCCAGGCCCCUGCAGGACCCCGAGGUGCAGCGGCACGCGGCGCAGAUCCUGCGCAACAUGCUGCGCCAGGAGGAGGCCGAGCUCCAGCGGUUCCAGGAGCUGCUGCAGCGGCAGCCGGGCGCGGCGCUGGAGGAGCAGCUGGAGGGCGCGCGGCGCCGGCUGGGGCAGCUGCAGCUCAAGGUGCUGCAGGAGGCGCGCGCCGCCCCGGAUUUGGGCUCCUGGUGCCCGGAGGGGGAGGUUCCCCGGGGCCCGCCGGGGUCCCCGCAGCUCCCGGGGCGAUUCCCGAGGGAGCCCCAGGACGCGGAGCCGGGAACGGAGCCCGGCCCCGAGCGCCGCCCGGCCCUGCCGGAGGUGUCCCGGAAUUCCGGCUUUUCCAAGCCCGGCAGCCCCCGGAGCUCCCCCGUGCUCGGCUCCCGCCUCGCCGCGGAUCCGGGAUCGGGGAGGCCCCAAAUCAUCGGCCCCGAGGAGGAUUGCGAGCCUGGGAGCGGCAGCAACGAGAGCGAUUCCGUGUUCCAGGAUUUGGGAAUUCUCAAAUCCCGCCCGGCCCACUUGGCCGUUUUCCUGAGGUUCCUCUUCUCCCAGGCCGAUCCCACUCCUCUGCUCUUCCACCUGUGCUGCGAGGUUUGCUGCCGGCAGAGCCCCCGCGACGGCCGCGCCCUGGCCCGGGACGUCUGGAGCAUCUUCCUGGACAGGGCGGCGCCGCUGCGGGUGAAGCUGCCGGAGCAGCUCCUGGCUGAGAUCGAGCUGCGCCUGCGGAACGGCGGCGAGCUGCGGCCGGCGCUGCUGGAGGCGCAGGAGUUCGUCGUCCCGGAGAUCCAGGAGCAGCUCCAGGACUACAGGACGAAGCGCACGCUGGGGCUGGGCAGCCUCUACGGCGAGAACGAGCUGCAGGAGCUGGAGCCGCGCGGCCGCGGCCGGGAGCCACCGGAGCCACCGGGGCCACCGGAGCCACCGGAGCCACCGGGGCCACCGGGGCCAGCGGGGCCAGCGGGGCCAGCGGAGCGCCGGCAGCGCGAGCGGCUGCUGGCCGAGCGCCAGAUGGGGCACCUGGGGGACAUCCUCUCCAAGUACGAGGAGGAGCGGAGCUCUCCCAUGGCCUUCGCCCUCAGCACCUUCAUGGCGCACGCCGGGAUCCGGCCCCGCGAGGGCCGGGAAUGCCGGGAGGGGCGGGAAUGCCGGGAAUGCCGCGGCCCCGGAGCCCCCGAGAAGCUCCCGGACAAGGACAAGUGGCUGCCCUUCUUCCCCAAGGCCAAGAAGAGCAGCAGCUCCAGGAAGGAGAAGGAGCAGAGGCAGAACCCGAUCCUGAAAUACAUCGGGAAACCCCGGAGCUCCUCCCAGAGCACAUUUCAUGUCCCCCUGUCCCCUGCCGAAGCGGUGAAGCCGGGCAACGUCCGGACCAUGAUCCAGCACUUCGAGGGCGGCCACGGGGAGCCCGCGGAGCCGGGCGCGCAGCGCCUCUCCACCGGCAGCAUCCCCGAGGGGCUGCUGCAGCCCGACAGCUCGCGGGGCGAGGCGCGCCUGGGCCGCUCGGAGUCGCUGAAGGGGCGCGAGGAGCUGCGGCGCUCGCGGCGCGCCGAGCCCGUGCCGCGCUCCCGCAGCGACGUCGACAUGGACGCGGGCGGCGAGACCCCCCGGCUGCACUCGGCCUCCUCCUCCGCCUCCAGCCUCUCCAACAGAUCCCUGGAAAACCCCACCCCCCCCUACACGCCAAAGAUGGGGCGCAGGAGCUUGGAUUCCCCCAGCCCGGCCUUCGGCCCCGACGCCUUCCUCCCUCACCUGCUGGAGGACGAGCAGGGCCCCGCGCCCGACCUGGAGCCGGAGCCCGACCCCCAGAACCCCCCGAAUUCCCAGGGCUCCCCGAAUUCCCAGGGCUCCCCGCACUCCCAGGGCUGGCAGCAGGGCUCCCCCAGCUCGCAGAGCUGGCAGCACUCGGUCAGCCGGGAGCUGCUGGCCAGCCUGUCCCAGCGCGACGUGGACCGCCAGGAGGUCAUCAACGAGCUGUUUGUCACCGAGCUGUCCCACCCGCGGGUGCUGUCCCUGUGUCCCCAAUGUGUCCCCAAUGUGUCCCCAAUGUCCCCAGAGCUGUUUGUCACCGAGCUGUCCCACCUGCGCAUCCUGCGCGUUCUGGAUUUGCUUUUCUUCCAACGCCUGCGCCGGGAGCAGCUCCUGAGCCGGGAGGAGCUGGGGCUGCUCUUCCCCAACCUGCCCGACCUCAUCGACGUGCACAAUUCCUUCUGGGAAUCCAUGAGGAGGCUCCGGGAGGAGCAGGGACCCCUCAUCGGCGACAUCGGCGACCUCAUGCUGGCCCGGUUUGAGGGCGCUGCCAAGGAGGAGUUCCAGCGCGCGGCCGCCGCCUUCUGCUCGUCGCAGUCGGUGGCGCUGGAGCUGAUCCGCACCAAGCAGCGCAAGGAGAGCCGCUUCCAGCUCUUCAUGCAGGAGGCCGAGAGCCACCCGCAGUGCCGGCGGCUGCAGCUGAAGGACCUGCUGAUCGCCGAGAUGCAGCGGCUCACCAAGUACCCGCUGCUGCUGGAGAGCGUCCUCAAGUGCACCCCGGCGGGCUCGGCGGAGCACCAGAAGCUGCUCCGUGCGCGCGAGCAGAGCCGGGCGCUGCUGCGGGCGGUCAACGAGGCCGUGCGGCGCGCCGAGAACCGGCAGCGGCUGCGGGAGCACCAGCGGCGCCUGGACACCUCGGCGCUGGAGAGGAGCAGCAACCCGCUGGCCGCGCAGUUCCGGAACCUGGACCUGACCGCGCACCGGAUGAUCCACGAGGGGCCCCUGACCUGGAGAGUGGGCAAGGACAAGAGCGUGGAGCUGCAGGUGCUGCUGCUGGAGGAGCUGCUGGUGCUGCUGCAGCGGCAGGACGAGCGCUGGCUGCUCAAGUGCCACGGCCGCGGCGGCGACGCCAAGCAGAGCUUCAGCCCCGUGCUCAAGCUCAGCUCGCUGCUCGUGCGCUCCGUGGCCACAGACAAGCGCGCCCUGUUCAUCAUCUGCACCUCGGAGCUGGGGCCCCAGAUCUACGAGCUGGUGGCGCUGACGCCCUCGGAGAAGAACACGUGAGGGAAACGCUGGAAAACCCCCCGGGAAGGGCUGGAAAAACCCCCGGGAAGGGCUGGAAAAGUCCCUGGGGGAUGAGGUCCUUGGGAAGGGCUGGGAUUCCUCCAUCCAGGGGAUGAGAUCCUUGGGAAGGGCUGGGAAACUCCCCGGGAAGGGCUGGGAUUCCUCCC